GCUCCGACUCAGGCAAAUAGCGAAGCAGUGCCAACAUUGAACGAGAAUGCUGUGUUGAAUGCCACGGACAUCGCCAUACCUAGGGAGAUGGAAACGCUCCUUAGCCUGGGACCCAAAUUUGCAUUACCGGUCCAACAAAUCCAUCCAAACACGGUCUACCAUCUAAUUGCUGACGUAGAAGCAAUCAUACGCACCAACCCAGACAGAGCAAUACAGGAUAGAAACAGAUGUCUCAUCGGUACACAAGUCCAGAAUUACCUAGCCCGCCCACAACUCCAUCAGGCAGACACCCCUCUCAGCCGGUUUUGCAACAACGCAGCGGUCGUCACUCGAAAGUUUCUAGCUGAACAUCCGGAUUUGUGCGUACUCGAAUCCGACAAAGGGAAAAAGAUAGUGGUAAUGCGCAUCCAAGAUUACGAGUGCAAGAUGUACCAGUUGCUCAACAACUCCACAUACAAGGUCAUCCAAAGCGAUCCAACAACCAGUCUGCAGAGGAAAACAAACAACAUGGCCAAACGGCUCCACGACCUCAAGUUGAUUGAUCAUCGCACGCUCCGUACACUCCAGACAUACACCUCCACCUGCCCCCGCAUCUACGGACAGCCUAAAGCGCACAAACCAGACUUGCCGCUACGUCCGGUGGUGCCCAACAUCACCGCACCCACGUACCACCUCUCCAAGUACAUAGCAACUAUCCUUCAGGAAAAUUUCUCCAGUCAGUACAACAUUAGGGACAGCUUCAGCUUCACGGAAUACAUAAGAACAAUCACCAUCCCACCGGAUCACGCACUCGUAUCCUUCGAUGUUGUGUCUUUAUUCACCAACAUUCCGAAGGAGUUGAUAAUACGCAGCAUUUUACAUCGGUGGCCAGAUAUUAGUAGAGGAACUAGAAUCAAUUUGGACCUUUUCCUCGAAAUGGUGAAGCUGUGUAUCAACAACAGCUAUUUUUGCUUCAGAGGCAAAUUCUACCAACAAACCUUUGGUACGGCCAUGGGGAGCCCCCUAUCACCAAUCCUGGCUGACUACGUCAUGGAGGACUUGUUGGAGUCGGUGACCAAGAAGUUAAAAUUCAACGUACGCGUUCUGAAGAAAUACGUAGACGACCUCUUCCUCGUUCUACCGCAAACCGAAGUGCAGAAUACAUUGGAAACGUUCAACCAAUAUGACCACCAUCUGCAGUUCACCAUCGAGAUGGAGAAGGAUGGCACCUUGCCCUUCCUGGACACGCUUGUGAUUCGACACGACGAUCAAUCCGCAACGACGAAGUGGUACUCCAAACCCAUAUCGUCCGGCCGCCUACUCAACUACCACUCGUUCCAUCCAACAGCCAUGAAAAUGAACGUAGCGAUGAACUUUAUGAAACGCGUAUUGCAGCUCUCCACGGAUGGCCAAAUCGAACAACAGAAGAAUCAGAUUUUCCAAAAUCUGAGGAGAAACGAUUAUCCCUCCUCGCUCAUAAACAGGAUGAUGAACCGCAUUACCAACAACAAUGCGCCUCCACCACCCACUUGCCAAAGACCACCUCCACCACCACCGCAUCGCUCUCCAUCACCGCCAUCCCCAGAACCACCACCUCCUGCGCUGCCACAAAUCACCCCAACGUCAACACUGCUGCUGCCAUCUCCGCCACCUCCACCACCACUACAGACACCGCUACCGAAUCCAUCGCCACCGAAUGCUGCAAAUCCACCAACAGAACAACAACAAAUUAACAGCACGCAACGAGAUCAUCAUCACCAAGUCACAGAAGUCCUCUAUCGAUCGAUGCCAGAUAUUCCAACACUGACCCGUACCAUCUCCAUCAUCCUGAAAAAAGAUUAUGAUCAGGUAAAAAUAGCCACCAGAAACAUCAAAACAACAAAAUCCCUGCUGAAAACAAUCAAAGACCCAGUCCCCCCAAAUGAUCAACAUAACGUUGUCUACAGUACUCCAUGCAAUAACUGCGAAGGAGUCUAUAUCGGAAUGACUAGCAACCAACUCAAAAAGCGAAUGAGCGGACACAAAUCAGAUGUAAACAAGAUUGUUAACACACCAACAGACAUAACUCAUGCAAAAACAGCUCUCACACAACACAUGAUCGAACACAACCACACCUUCAAUCUCGACGGCACAAAAAUAGUAGAUCGCACUUUCCGAUCAACCGCCCUACCAAUAUUAGAAAUGUGCCAUAUACAGAACACAUCUAAUACCAUAAAUUUCCGCACUGACGUAGAUGGCCUCAAUACAGCCUACGCUGGCAUAUUGCAUACAAUCAAAAAAGCCAACUCUCGCAGAGAGCAACCUAGCAAUAGCACACACAGCACACACAAUUAAUGUUAGAUCAAGUUCUACGGAUAAACUUUAUCCAACUACACGAAAGCUCUACCUUGUUUCACCCGCCAUCUUUGAACCAACCGUUGAAAAUCAUAUUGUAAUAGCACAGUCCAGGUCGUUGAUAAUAGGUGUGUCCAGUACAGUGUCCCAAAACCAAAAAUUAAAUAACUAUUUCGUAAGUCUUUAAAUGUGAUAAAAUGAUAAAUGUCCCUAAUAAGUGUUAUUUUAGAAAACCUAGGCAUACAAGAAGCACGCAAUGAUACUCUCGGCAUUACUUAAUGUAACGAAGAACGACAGACAGUUUUACCCUUGAAAAAGGCCAAAUACACAAGGCCGAAACGUCGGGCAAUACAAAACCAGUCGUUUUGAAUUUCCCUAGACUGAGAAAGCCAGUUCGAAAACAUAAAUCAAAUUCCAGUCGAAAUUCACGAACAAUAUU